UUCACACGCUCGGAAAGGAACGAUGCAAAACUAUGAACACACCAUCGAGGAGUUGACGCAACUGGCGCAAGAAAAGAUCGAACUCGGCGAAAAGCUACUCAAGAGCCUUUCCCAGCGAAACACCAUCGAGGGAGUGAAAAAAAUUCAGAAGAAAAUCAGCCAAGAGCUAAAGUUCCUGAACCGAGUGAAAGCGAACCGGACCGUCACCAUUAAUCACAUUCUUUGUAGCAAUCUUACCCACUUCGGAUGUUUGGUGGACUGUUUGCUGGCGAGCAGUGACGUGAAACACGUUGACUAUCCGCUUCCGGUCGAGGACCGGGCCUGCCCGUUGCGGGUGGAUAUCGUGUGCGAUGGUGGUGCCACUUGGAUCAAGGUGAUUGCCCGCAAUCCAAAAUCGCUCAGCGAUGCGGUGUACGGGCGGACGAGUUACGGUUCGAAAUCGAUACUGGAACAAGCGGAAGAGUAUGUGCAGGCUGCCUGUAAUUUCCCGUACAUGUUUCGACCACCUACAGUCGUGUUUCGCUUCCUGAGCAAGCUAGACAGUGAGUUGAUCGAGGAACUGCAGCGGAUCGGUGUGCGGGUGGUGAUACUGCCGAAAGAAACACGGAACGACGAGGUAACGGUGGCAGGUCCUUCCACGUCUCUAUCGGAAACCAAUCCAAAGGACGAAAUACGAUUGCUUAAUGUGGACGUGACGACGCUUAUAGCGUACUGUAGUGCGAUGACUAAUGGAUCGGCCCGAUGGGAGUACAAACAGCCGCUACUCUCCGAACAGGCUUGCUGGGAGCGAGACAAACCCGUCAAACCGGUGCUGGACCGAUUGUUUGAAGGCAAACGGUUGAUCUGUUGCCAAACGGCGUACGAUUCCUUUCACGACAUCCUCUCGAUAUUGGGCGGUGAGCAGGAGAAGAUGCGUGCCAAGGAGCUGUUCACCCGCAUUCACGUGUUGCCAGAUGUGCCUCUCGAGCAAGCCCCAAAGGAGCUACAGUCACUGAAGCUGGGUGGUAAAAUACGCCCGCGAAGUCUGCAGGUGUUCGCCUUCGGGCUGUACCAUCGAGCAGUGACUGUCACCUCCAACGAAGGAUUUACGCGGGCGGCCAAGAUGCAGGGUCUCGAGGUGCCGGUUUUCCUGCACGACGCAAGAGCCCUGACGGAGGAUAAAGAGCGCACGGCUAAACCACUGCCAGAGUGAGCU